UGUGGACGCACAUUGGAUAAAAGGGCCGACGUCACUUCCUUCUAUCUCUUUGGCCGCCGCCAUAGUCGCGAGGAUUGUGGACCAAAAUGUCGUCCCACAAGACUUUCAGGAUCAAGCGCUUCCUUGCCAAGAAGCAGAAACAGAACAGGCCCAUUCCACAGUGGAUCAGAAUGAAGACUGGAAAUAAGAUCAGGUACAAUUCCAAGAGGAGACACUGGAGAAGGACCAAGCUUGGCCUGUAAACGUGGGGGUCCCUGGACCCCAGCAUCCCAACAUCUGCCAGAACCUCCAGCUGCGGAGCCUGACCCUUUGGAGGGAGCCAUGUUAUCUGGAGCAGCAGUUUUUGUUUGUACAGAUACUAUGGUUCUGCUCAUGUUUGACAAUAAAAGAUCUUUGAUCAAACUUUA